AUGAAUCGCCUGUUGGAGAUUCAUCCCGAGGAGAAAGGCAUCGUGGUUUCCAAGACGAAGCUGAUCGUCGUCAAUGGAGGUGCCUGCGACUUCUACACCAUCAGUCUGGGCGAACGCAUCGAGACACCAGUGGUGAUCUCGAUUCGUGCCACCUUUGGCGAAGUUGCAGUGACGCCAGACACCCUUCAGAUUAAGCCGGAAGACUACGACCAGCCCAGACGGAUUGUCGUCGUCGGCGGGAAGAAUCGAGAUGUUGCGGACUCCACUGGGGAGGACAGCAGCAAGACAGAACUCCUCCACUACGUGACGAGCCGGACGCCGGCCUACGACGGGUUUGCGUUCCGCCUAACCGUCAUCCUAGUUCCAACCAGCGGCGCGAUUUUGAGGUCGUUUGGCACGAAUCUGCAUUUCCAGCUGGCCCACGAAAACACAAACAAGAAAAGUCAGACGAACCCGCAAAAAGUCGGCUGCGGAGAGGCGCACACGCUGAUUUUGACCUCGCAAGGCAACAUGUACGCGUUUGGCGCCGCGCAGAACGGGCGACUCGGCAUUCCGCGGCCUGCGGACCUGCUUGACUCGCCUCGCGGAAAGCAAGGCGCCGCCGCACUCCUCAGCUUCCGCUGCAAAGGCGGGCUGCUCGCGAACUACUCCGUGCCGCAGCUCAUCACCGGAGUCCCCAAAGUCCGCGUCAUCAGCGUCGGCGCCGCCUUCAGCGCCUGCAUAGACGAGCGAGACUGUCUCUACACGUGGGGCUCGAACGCGGCCGGUCAGCUGGGCCACGGGCACACCGAGGACGUCUGGCAGCCGAAGAAAGUUGAAUUUGUCAGAACGCCGCUUCUGCAGGCGAGCUGCGGAAAAAACCACCUCCUCCUUCUGACCUACGACGGCCACGUGUACGCGACUGGCGAGGGCGGCGAGGGGCGCCUGGGCCUCGGAGACACCCACAGCCGCCGUGCCUUUGAGCGGAUUAAAGCCCUGCCGCCUGCACGGUACAUCUGCGCGGGCGGCAGCCACUCGGCGGCCCUCGACUCGGCGCUGCGCGUGUGGAUGUGGGGAAGCAACUGCUGCGGGCAGCUCGGCUUGGCAGACUGGCAACCCUCCGCGGCCUUCACGGCAGCCUCGGUGGUCGCCGACGCGGCGAGGGUCCACGGGAAGGCCGCGGGCGCCGGCGCGGACACGACGCCUGCACUUGCCAAGGGUCGCGCGCCGGGGGCCAGCGCCGCGGCGCAACGCAGCAGCGCGGGAGGCGAGAGCCGAAACUCCUUCUAUCCAGAGGAGGCGAACCGCUCAGAGGGGGCGGCAAAGCGCCUCGCGCACGCCCAUGCAGGGGCGGCACCUGGCGCUGCCGGGAGGCGAUCGGACGCGGCGAAGGCCGGGCACUGUGAGAGCUGGCGACGCCGCGGAGAGUCGCGGGAGUCCAUCCUCACAGCCUACUCGCUCUCGGAGGGGUACGAAAGCGUCUCCGUGAAGCCGCAGAUCGUGGAGUUUCUGCGCGGGAAGCAGGUCGUGGGCAUCGCGUUGGGCUCCCUCUACUCGAUUGCUGUGACGCUGCGCGGCUUCGUGUACGCCUGGGGGAGCCACGAGCUGGGGCAGCUCGGCCUUCCUGACAGACUCGAUAACCAACCCCUGCCGGUCCUGGUGCCCGCGUUCCUGUUUUCACCGGCGGUGCAGGUGUUUGCGAGUCCGUGCAGCAACUGCAGCUUUGUGGCCUCCGCGUCAGACGUUCUGAAUCCGUUUCUCUCAGUCUCGGUGUCGAACUCGCCGCUAGGGGGGGGGCCAUGCACACCCGUGUCGGCCGCGAGCCAGCGCCGGAGUCCCUCGCCCUUUCCACUGCGUUCGAGUUCUGCGGAGAGCCGCGCUUUCCACGCCUCCUCCUCUUUUCGUUCUCUCUCUGCAAAGUCUGAUGCGCGUGAAGAAGGCCACGGAGGAGGCAGCGGCCUCGGAGAACCCCCCGAAACUGCUUUCUUCUCGUCCUCGCGAAGCUACACAGCGUCGCUCGCUUCUGCGUCUCCCUGCUCCGCCUCGAUGCGCCGCGGAGUACGUACACCCGGAGAGAGCCCUCCUUCCGCACUUGCGAGUUCGCUUUCCCCCGGCAACGCGGCCUCAGCCUCCUCUUUCUCCUCCUUCUCCCCUCCGCCGCCUGGGGCGUCUCGGCGGGGCGGGAAGCGAAAGGGCGACGAGGCCGAGGCGAGGCCAGGGGCGUUGGAGAGACAGCGGAGACCAAGUCCGCGCUCGCCACGAGGCGGCAGUCUUCGCCGCAAGCCCGCGUCCCGCUCGCUGUCGCCGAGUGCGCGAGCGGAGGCCUCUCGCAGCGCCUCGCCACCGCCAGGCCGGAGAGGGCGGCAAGCCGAAGGCGACGGAGGCGUGCCGGUGGGGAAGUCACGCGGCGCAAUGGCGAGGCGCGGGAACGGAGACCGCAGGGCGGCGAGCGGCGGCCGCACGCCGCCUCCUUUCCCGCCCUCGCCUCGUCUCGGGCGCGGGCGCGGGUCGGCAGGUCGCCAAACCACCUCCGAGAGCGCCGAGGAGAGUGCGACUGAGAAGGGCGAGAGACAGAGCGAGGGCGUUGCGGCCGCGGGGGGGGCUAGGAGCAUCCCGUGCGCCCGGUACUCGCGGCUGCCCUCCGCCCGCAGGCCGAGAGAGAGGGGCGGCAGGGGGCGGGGCGGCCGCGAGGCGCCGGAAGAGAACGCGAGCGCCGGCGAAGAGGCGGAUUUCCUGUCCGCAGACUCCGAGAGCGGCGCGGGCGACGCCGAGGUGGGGAAGAGCGGCCGCGAGGGAGCCAGAAGGAAGCGCGCCCCGAAGAUAAAAAAGAGGACGCGACGCGAGGAGGAGGCCGCGGCCGCCUCGCUGCGAAUCGCAGAAAAUAGACGCGUCGGGCACGCCAGCUGCACCGGCGGGUCACUGGCGCCAAAAAACGCGCAACUCACCCUCAGCGACCAGUUCGGGAGCUGGUACGGGCGCCUCGUAGAACGAGAAGACGAAGAGCGCCGCGCGGCGGAUCUCCGCUACCGCCUGCGGAGAGGCGAGGAGCGAAUGAAAAUGUUUAGAAAACAAGCGGCGGCUCGCCGCGAGCAGUCACUGCCAGGGCCUUCUUCCUUCGUGUCGCCCGCCGGAUCGCCCGCUGCCGCGGCGCACCCCUCGUCUGCGUGUUCCCUGGCGUCGUCGUUCUCUUCUGCGUUUCCGCCGAAAGACGAAGCGCAGAUUAUGAAACCGCCCGGGAACGACUCAGAGGAACUCGAGACUCCUGCCUCUGCGCCGAUGAUGCUCUCUUUGCCGCGCUCGCCGCGCAGAUCAGUCGAGCGGGGGCCUGAAGGAGCGCCUCCCUCGCGUCUCGCGAAGCAAAACCGGAGGGAUUCACUCGCAGAAAUCGGCUCCAUGUGCCGCGGGGCCAAGGCGUCUGUACAGCGCGGAGACAGGCCCGAGCAGACACAGCGAUUCUGCACGCUUUUCUCCGCCGCCUGCCGUAAACGCCCUGUGACGGGGUUUCAGCUUCUAGAGCCUGUUUGGACCUCUGGCGAAGACCCUGCUGGCGGCGAAAACGCGCAGGACGUCUGCGUCGAUCUCGCGUCCAUCGACUUCCUGGCACCCGCCUACUGGCCAGUGCGUGGAGAGGCGCAGCUGGAAGCAGAAGCACAUGCUCUCGCUUCUGAUGCCACACAGAACCAGGAGUGUUGA